CCACACAUGCACCAGCCACACACACACAAGAGUGCCACACAUACUCCGUACUCCGUACAAGAAAUCACUCCCUCCCUCCUCUCCUUCCUACCUUCUCCUCCUCCUCCUACCCCCCCCCCGGCGGCCAACUCUCGACUACACUUCACACAUACAUGGCCUACGAAUUGAAGCUCAGCCUCCAUCACACCCUGCAUCACUCUGCAUCGCCCUGUAUCAUCCGGAGCCAUCAUCCCAGCCUCGUUCCUCCUCCGACCUGUGCUAUAUAAUCAUGGGCGAUUGAGUCAACACAUUCAUUCCAUUUUGUGUAUACCCUCUCAGAAAUGAGAUCCUCAAAGAGCGUGUCGGCGAAGGCCCCUCCGCCGCUGCUGACAGGCGCAGCAAAACUCGCCGAAGUGAAGCGCCUCCUCGAGAAGCUGACGCUGGACCUGCAGAAGAUCUGCAUGCUGCCACAUCAGCGAGACGCGGCCCUCGAGCAGCUGAAGAUGUACGGUCGAGAUCCGGUGGACGCCGAGCCCAUCUUCACCCAAGAGGGAAUCGAAACACUCACCCGCCACGCCUUCAACAGUCCCUCCUUCACAACGUCCCGCAAUGCGCUGCGCUGCCUGGCGAACGCACUCCUCCUCCGCGCCUCGUCGCGAGCCAUAUUCGUCGACCUACACUACGAGAUGAAGCUAUGUCAGCGACUCAGCAACGACAACCGCGAAGACGAAUUCCUCGUCUCACGCAUCAUAUUCCUCACGACAUACGGCGGUAACAUAGACCUCGAGAACCUGAUCGACAACCACCAUCUCGCCGAGAACGUCAACCAGAACAUCGCGCGCCACGCCAAGCAGUACGACGAGGUGCAGAAGAUCGAGAAGAAGGAGAGCGACCCCUCCUCGGCCUCGUCCAUGUCCACCAAGGACAAGGAGAAGAGGGAGAAGAAGGAGAAGAAGGCCAAGGAGAAGGAAAGCAAGAAGAACGCCAAGAACCCCGAAUCCACCGAGCCGGACCCGAUGGAAGACAUGUCCCUGGCCGAAACGCUCAAGCUCCUCUUCAACACCACCCACUUCUGCCGCGAGCGCGCCUCCGCCUUCGUCCCCGCCAUCCCCUCCAUCAUGCGCCUCCUCCUCAAGCGCGCCGUCGCCCCCACCGGCCCCAUGGAACCCCCCACCGCCCAACUCAUCAGCGCCCUCAUCAAUCUCCCCCUCGACCUCGCCGAGUCCCACCUCUUCCCCCGCUCCGACCCAAAGAUCCACGUCGAGCGCCUCGUCAACCUCCUCGACCUCGCCACGGCUGCCUACCCGGAGCGCGACCUCGAGCAGCAGGUCUCCCCCCUGCUGUCUGUCCUGCGCAAGAUUUACGCCGUCGCGCCGCGGCCUGUUAAGGUGCACCUCCGCGUCCUCCUCCCGACGGCAGAGGACCGGCUGAAGCCCCUAGGCGCCACGAAUACCCUCUCCUCGCGCAUCCUGAAGCUGUCCACCUCCCCCCUCGCCCCGACCGCGCGCGAAGAGCUCUCACACCUCCUCUUCGAGAUGAGCGACAAGGACGCCAAGAAUUUUGUCCAGAACGUCGGGUACGGCUUCGCCUCGGGCUUUUUAUUCCAGAAUAACGUGCCUAUCCCUGAAAAUGCGCUGGAUGCGUGGAGUAUCAAUGAUUCGGCGAGUAUGGGCGGGAGAAGCAGAGUGGGGGAGAGGAGUAGUAGUUCGAGCGUGAGGACGUUUGGGAUGGUGGGCGGGAAGCCGGUGAAUCCGAUUACGGGGCAGACGCUGGAGAGUGAGGAGCCCUGGGAGGGACCGACGAUGACGAGGGAGGAGAAGGAGAGGGAGGCGGAGAGGUUGAUGGUUAUGUUUGAUCGAUUACAAAAGAACGGCAUCAUCGAGGCCGAGAACCCGAUGCGGACGAUGCAGCAAGAAGGACGAUUUGAAGAGCUGUCAGAUGAUGAUUCGAGCUAGAAGCUCUCGUUGUCCAAGUAGUGUGGGUUUGGGGUUGGUUGAGUUGGGGUUGGGGUUGG